CACCGCUGAGGCGCAGGACUUUAAAUCUGACGAGAUUAAAUCAAUUUUACGAUCUAUAACGACGUGUGUUGUAAUUCACACUGACUUUUUUGCCCUUUAGAAUUUAAAAAAAUUAUUUGGCCCAUUUUAUUCUGGAUUUGUCCGCUAUCGACGAUGUCUGCCGUCCUGCUUUCCACCAUCGCCAGGGAAAGACUGGCUCCACCGAAAACUGUUCCUCAGAGGAGCGCAGAGAUACUUCCUCUACUGAAGCGCACGGGAACAUGCAGAAAUCUAUUCGGACCGGUGGAUCACGACGAGUUGAGGCAAGAAUUAUCCUCCAAACUUCGCGAAAUAUCUGAACGAGAUCAGCUGAGGUGGAACUUUAACUUCAGCGAAGGACAGCCGCUGGAUGGGGAUUUAAAAUGGGAGGAAAGUCGAGCUGAGGACUGUCCGCAGUUUUACAGAGAAACGACUGCCGUAUCAAAGAGGCCUUUUGUGGACUCGCCCAAGACAGAAAGAAUCACCCAAGUUGCCCCAAAAUGUGUGGGUCGUUCGGUGAAGAUUUUGAACCAAAGGAACCAUAUAAACAAGUGUAACCGAAGAAAAUUAUCUCGCAAAACAGUCGCUCGCGUCCAGACCAAGAGACUCGCAGACAUGCGCAUUACAGAUUUUUAUGGGAAGAGGAAGAAAACGGACAGUGUUCAUAAGGAAAGCGGAAACUUGGAAUAAAAACACAUCUUCUGAAGAAAAAAAGCGCACCAAUGCGUGCGUCACAGAGUGGUGGCGGGAAAAGGCCGAAAGUAAUGAGGUCUCAGAGUCUGACUCAAGUUAUUGCGUGAUAAUGUGAUUCUGGAAUCGUAUUUAUUCACCGCUGUAUGUGCCAUUUAAACAUGUAGAAGCAGCUCUGGUUGCUCUUUACAGUUUACAACUGAUAAGUAACUUUAAAUUAAAGUCAGGACAAGUA